AUGGCCAAAGAGAUAAGAAAGCUGACCUUAGCCAAGGUCCAGAGCCAAUCAUCACCAGUUUAUGAUUUCUGUGGAACAGGUCAUCCAUUGCAUGAGUGUCAGGCCUUAGCUGCAGAUGAAGUGGUAAAUGUUGUGGGAAACUUUGACAGGGGAAACUACCAGGGUGCAAAGCAAAAGGAUGAGCCAAUUGAAAGACAUGCAGAGAUUGUGGAAGAGCAUAAAAAUGAUGACAUUCAAAAAGGUGCAGGGAUGGUAGAGGAUGAUCUCAAGAAGAAAGGGAAGAUUAGAGGUCAGAAAAAGAUGAAAAAUGAUAACUCAACAAAUAAUGAGACUAAACAGAGCAAAUACAUGCCAGCUCUACCUUUUCCCCACAAUAAGAGAGAAAUGCCAGCUUCUGCUAAAGUCAUGAAGGAGAUAUUGUCCAAUAAAAGGAAAGUGGAAGAGACAUCGGUUGUCAAGCUGACAGAGCAUUGUAGUGCCGUCUUGAAAAAUAAGCUCCCUAAAAAAUAUGGAGGUCCAAGGAGUUUUACUAUAUCUUACUCUUUAGGAAGUACUAAAUUUCAAAAAUCUUUGUGUGAUUCAGGUGCUUCUAUUAAUCUUAUGCCUUUGUGUAUUUUCAGGAAAUUAGAGGGAGAGAUUGGAGAAAUCAAGUCAAUAACUGUGUCCUUGCAGCUGGCAGAUCAGACCAUAAUCAUACCUGAAGGAAUAGUGGAAGAUGUGUUGGUUUGGGUAGACAAAUUUGUGUUCCCUGUGGACUUCAUUGUGUUCAACAUGGAGGAGAAUAGGGAGGUCCCUCAAAUUUUAGGAAGACCCUUCUUGGCUACGAGCAGAACAAUUCUUGAUAUUCAGGAAAGGCAGCUCAUGCUCAGAGUGGGGGAUGAAAAGCUGGUCUUCAAAAUGGAAGGAGAAAGGGGGCCCUGA